CUUUCUUAAUUGUUCUGUUGAAAAUUGAAGUUGUGCAGAAGAAGAAGAAGAAGAAGAAGCAGAACACAUUCAGAAUUUUGCAGAAAGGGCGAGGGAAGAGGCACAGACAUUAGGCAGGCACACGUGUGAUUUCCAGACCUCGUGUCUUGUGAAAAGGACCAAAUUAAAUCAAAGUAUUGAAUGAUAUUUGGAUCAAACCUAACCAGUCUCGUUCCAAUCCAAUUCCUUUCCCAAGUAAAAAAUAUGCAUUCCCAAGGUUCCAUUUUGACUGGACGGAAUAUGCGACCGUUGAUUUUAGUUUCCUCCCACGACAGUAUGUAUAUAGAUCGAUUCAGCUAGGGUACGAUAAAUCUUAUCGUAUGUCUAUCGAGAAUUAAAAGAAGUUUGGAAAACGAUAUUAUACGUAUUAAGACAAUCGUGCAUCUAUUUUAGCCAUUGUUUUUGUUUUUUUUAUUCUAUAUUUGUAAUUCUCUGUUAGUGUGGAGGGAUUGAUAGGUAUAGAAGGAUUAAUAGAUGAAUCAACUGUAGAGUGGGAUUAUUCUUUCCAGCUACAGGAGAGCAGCAGUUGGAGGCUUUUGCAAAUGCAAAUGCAGAUGCAGAUUAUGAUGGGUGCUUGGAUACUCGGAUAUCGACGUCAUGAUGGUGGGUCAAAAUUGGGAAAUCUUUCGUGUCUUGGCGAUGCAAGAAACAAGAUCGAGUGUCAAAAUCAUCGACUGAUGAAGUCGAAUAUCGGUCCAUGUCAGAGGUGAGUUAUGAGCUAGUUUGGCUUCAUCGCUCCUAGGCGAAUUGGGUGUUGACUGUCGAAUCCCAAUGCGUAUAUAUCAUGGUAAAGGAAACCGUACCGGAAGUCAUACCGGCUCCGCCAGUGGUAGGGUAUUUUGUGGUACUACCGUGGUUCAAUCGUUGUGUACCGGCAAAAUACCGUUUUUGUAAUUAAAUAAUAUUUUUUUUGAUAAAAAACCAUACCGACAGAUUCGGGAUAUCGUUUCGGAAUAAAACCGGAAUAUACCGGAUAACAAACCUGAAUAAACUAAAUAAGUAUAUGUAAUAUAAAAUUCAACACCAUCUACCAUCGUUUGUUUUUGUAAGUCCCAUAGAGCGCAUUAAUAAAGAAACAAUGAUGUUAUUUGUAAUAUGUUGCUCAAGAAGAAACCUCAUUUAAUAUGAUGAACCAACUAUUUAAUUAGAAAUCAAUUGUCAAAUUAGCAAAAGACAAUUGUCAAAUUAGCAAAAAAAUCCAUUCGAAACUCAUUUGAAACUGCAUUCUUAAUUAGAAAUCAAUUGUCAAAUUAGCAAAAAAAAAUCCAACUGGGUUGUCCGUCUGUCUUCUUACUAUCAGCAAAAGACAACUCGGCCUUCCUGCAACAAUGGCUACUCAAGUUUCCUGAAUACAAAACCAGAGAUCUUUUCAUCACCGGAGAAAGCCUUCCUGCCCAGUCACAUCCCUGCACCUGAAAUUCAGCAGCCUACGAGAACCGCCAUGGCCGGUGGAAGCGAGAGGAGGAUCGUCGGGUCGCCGCUCGCCGCUCGAGAAGAAGAGGAGGGAGGACCGCGGUCCUGGUCGCCACUCGCCAGAGAAGAUGAACGGCAGAGAUGCGGAGCACGACUCAGGUCUGCGGGUCACUUUCGCGCCGAUCGCCGGUUGCAGGCCGCCGGUUUCAGGCGGCCAGAGGAGAUGAGGAGCGGCGGGGCGUAGCGGGGCUGCGCUGCCCUCUGGUAUGGACUCUGGAGAAGAAAGAAUCCGGAAACGAUUAAACUAAACUCCAAAUUUUCGAUAGAUUAGGGUUUUUGGCUUUCGGUCGAAUUUUUUUUAAAACUAUUUUAUGUGCCAAAACGACGUAGUUUUUGUUCCUACUGCUUACCGCCGGUUAGAUCAAAACCGGGCGAUUUUUUUUGUGUCGGUUAAACCACCAAAACCGGCCGGCACGGUAUUCUUCCACAGCCAGCUUGCCGUAUCGUCCCAGGUCCGAUUUCCGGUUUUACCGGUUGAACCGGCCGGUACGAUCCGGUUUCCUGGUCCAUGGUAUAUAUGGGGAUAAUACGAGUGCUAUACAGAUUGUUGUUAAUCCCGUUUUACAUGACAGGACUAAGCAUAUCGAAGUUCAUGUACAUUAUAUUAGACAGUUGGUGGUAGAGGGAAAAAUACAGGUUGGUUAUCUAAAUACGAAAGAUCAGACUACAUAUCUUUUGACGAAGGCGGUUUCAUCAAGCAGACAUUGGUACUUAUCGUCCAAAUUGAUGUUGCGUACCGCACAUCAAUUUGAGGGAGGAUGUUGAAAUUUAUUAUUUUUAGGUACCAACUUGUAUUUUACCAAAACCCUUUCUAUUAUGCUCCUGUCGUGUAACCCCAUAUGUAUAUAUAGUCGUUCCUCCUCUGUAACUAGGUUAAGCCGUUUUUUAUAUAGUGAAACCCUUUGGAGAGUGUCGUCUCUCCCGUGGAUUAGUCCUAAGCUUCAGGGAUACCACGUUAAAUUCUUGGUGUUCUUUGCUUUUAAUUUAGUGUUCUUGACAAUAUAUACUAUUGUUUGAUAAAGAACCAGUGAGAUCGAUUGAAUAAAUAAAAAGUGAGAUAUUAGGCCCUCGCUUGCAAUCCUAAUUGAACCAAACAUUAGUAAAAUAAAUAAAAUAUCGCGCGAGCCUACUAUGUUUCAUAUCAACCCCUUAUGCACAAUCUUGUGGAUGUUUUUUUUCCCUCGUCCUCGUUUAUGAAUUCUUUCCUUCGUAAUUAGUUUAUUUUUGACAAAAAUGGUGAAUAUUGAGAUGUGUUAACUAAUCUCAUACACAUAAUCAAAGAGUUUUAACAUAUGAUCGAUAUUAGGAUUUCUUUCCACCUUAGAAUGGUUCGAACCCGAAAAUUCAAGACGCCAAUUACAUCCGAGUAAUCCACUGAAACUAAAGUCGGCCACAAACAUAUACCAGCCACGCUGUACAUUUCUUCAAAACAACCGGCAAGCUGAAGACGAAGAAGAAGAAGUAUAUGAGUACAUAUAUAUAUUAAUAUGCAACGAUUGGAUCAAGUCUCAACUUGGUAAUGUAACAGCUGGAAGUAUGAUCCCUUUAGCCAAAUUGAAGGGUGGUGGCAACAAACAAUUAAGUCCCAAAUAACCCUACAAAAAUGACAGACACAACCACCCAAACCCCAAUAAUUCUGGGGAAAAAAUCGAUCCAAACCCCUCAAUAAUAUAAAUGAAUAAUAAUUAUGCCCCCACCAAUAUUCCGAAUCCAAAAAAGUAGUACAAUUCCGUGCCUCCAUCCCUUUCCCCACAUUGUUGGUUGUUAAUUAAUGAGUUCACUUCUAUCUUCUGGUAUGGAACGAGCUUGAUUGGGCGGUUUGUAGCGUUGAAAUGGGUUAUGUUGGAUCUUAUAAUUUUGUAUAUGAAUUAUAAGUUGAUCAACUUUCAUUUUGAGAAGAAGAAUUUAUUUGAGCACUUAAUUCGGUCAGCAUAGAGGUUGACAAUCGAUUCUCUUCCCUUUGAUGAACCAUGAAAGAAAAUUGUGGUUUUGCAUGUGUUUACAUGGGAAAAUAUAGUAUCUCGAUAUUUAAAAAAAAAUACAGUUCCUGUCGAUGGAAUUAUUAAGAAAUGUGUUUUUGUAAUCAUGUGGAUAAUGACAAUAGCAUUGGCUUAAUAAAUAAUUAUGACCUCA